AUGUGGAUUCGGGAGCAUCUUUACUUCAAUGGUUUCAGUAAAAAUUAUUUGAAUUGGAUUUGGCAUGGUGAGGCUGCGGAGAAGGAUAGAUUAAAUUCGAGUGUCAACCAAGAGCCAACUGAUAAUUAUCAUAAUGAUUUUGAAACUGUUAAUUUGUGUGAGGCAGCGUAUGAUAACCAUACAGAAAAUCCAGAAGCAUUUAUGAAGUUUUUGGAGGAAGCAGAGAAGCCACUGUAUAAGGGAUGCAAACGUUACACAAAGUUGAGUGCAUUUGUAAAACUAUACAAUACCAAAGCAAGGCAUGGGAUGAGUGAUGCUCUAUUUUCAGAUCUACUAGCAGAUUUUGGGGACAUGCUGCCAGAUAACCACAAUCUGCCAUCGUCAAUUUAUGAAGCAAAGAAGACGUUGAGUUGUUUGGCUUUGAGUCAUGAAAAGAUUCAUGCUUGUUCCAAUGAUUGCAUCCUUUAUAGGAAACAAUAUAAAGACUGCGUAAGCUGCCCGAAAUGUGGCUUAUCAAGAUGGAAGCUAACCAAGAAAAAUAUUGAGAAGAAAGGUGUUCCUGCCAAAGUGGUUUGGUAUUUCCCUCCCAUACCAAGAUUUAAGCGCAUGUUUAAAUCUUUAGAAACUUCCAGAAAUUUAACAUGGCAUGCAGAUAGCACAAGAGUUGUUGGUCAGUUACGCCAUCCAGUUGAUUCACCGUCAUGGAAAUUGGUGGAUCAUAUGUGGCCCGACUUUGGAAGUGAGACAAGAAAUAUUCGCCUGACACUUGCAGCCGAUGGAAUUAAUCCUCACAGCAAUCUUAGUAGUCACUACAGUUGCUGGCCAAUUAUGCUGGCCACAUAUAAUUUGCCUCCAGACAUGUGCAUGAAAAGGAAAUUCAUCAUGCUAACGAUGCUCAUUUCAGGGCCGAAACAGCCUGGAAACGAUAUCGACGUCUACCUUGAGGUUCUGGUUGAUGAUUUGCAGCUCUUGUGGGAAGGAGUUGAUGGAGUUUAUGAUGCUUAUCGAAGGGAGGUUUUCACUCUUAAACCAGUUCUUUUAUGGACCAUCAACGACUUUCCUGCAUAUGGUAACCUUAGUGGAUGUACUACACAUGGUUAUUAUGCAUGCCCAAUAUGUGGUGAGGAUACUUAUGCAAAACACUUACCAAAUGGGAAGAAAAUGUCAUUUGUUGAGCAUAGACGAUUCCUACCACGAUUUCAUCCAUAUCGGAGGCAAAUAAAGGAGUUUAAUGGCAUGGAGGAACUUGGUGAAGCAGGUAGGUCAUUAUCUGGAAUUAAGUUGCAUUGUCUCGAUGUUAUGCACAUUGAGAAAAACGUUUUCGAGUCUCUGAUUAAUACUUUGAUGAACAUCAAGGGAAAAACCAAGGACAAUGUGGCAGCUAGGUUGGACAUGGUUCAGAUGGGAAUUAGGCCUCAAUUGGCUCCUAAAAUUAGUGAGAAAAGAACAUAUCUACCUCCUGCAGCAUGCUCAUUCACAAAAAAUGAGAGAUUACAAGUAUGUAGGUCAUUAAUGGAUAUAAAAGUUCCGGAAGGUUUCUCAUCAAACAUGAAGAAUCUUGUCUGCAUGGAUGAGAUGAAGCUGAGUAGCUUGAAAUCACAUGAUUCUCAUGUUAUAAUGCAGCACUUUCUGCCAAUAGUCAUACGUAAUUCUCUGCCAAAAUAUGUUAGAUAUGCUGUCAUAAGAUUAUUCUUCUUCUUCAAAGAUAUUUGUUGCAAGAUUAUCGAUGUAGCCAAGUUAGAUAAGCUGCAAGCUGACUUGAUUGUUACACUCUGCUUAUUGGAGCAAUGGAUGUACCCAUUUGAAAGAUGCAUGAAGGUGUUGAAAAGUUACGUAGGCAGUCGAAAAUAUCCAGAAGGUUGCAUUGUUCGGAGAUAUGCAGCAGAAGAAGCAGUUGAAUUUUGUUCAGAAUAUCUCAAUGACCUUGAUCCUGUUGAGGUCCCUAAAUCACUACGUGACCCAAACGCAAGCAUUCCUGGAUUCUCAGCAAGCAAUUCAUCAAUCAUCGUCCAACAAAUUGAUCUCCAACAAGCGCACUUGACUGUUCUAGAAAAUACAGAAGAAAUAUCUCCAUACAUUAUUGAACACAAAUCCUUCUUGAAGACAAUGUUUCCCAAGAAACAGAAAGAUGCAAGGUGGAUACAAGAUGCUCAUAAUAAGAGGAAUGCAUGUCGGUGGCUGGAAAUCGAUAGUUGCAAUGGUGGAAUGACAUCGUCAUUGAGAUGGCUGGCCCAUGGACCACGUGUGCGAGUCUUAAAGUGUGAUAGCUAUGUCAUAAAUGGCAAUUUAUACCAAACAAAAGAGCGGGAUGAUGAGAAAGUUUGUCAAAACAGUGGUGUUUCUCUACUUGCCAACACGAUGCUUGUUUGUAGUGCCAAAGAUAAGAAUCCCGUGUUAAAGAAUGUGACUUUUUAUGGAGUUAUUGAAGAGAUAUGGGAACUAGACUAUCAUCAAUUUCAAGUUCCUCUUUUCAAGUGCGCAUGGGUAUCAAAUGACAAAGGAAUACAAUACAAUGAUGAAUGUGGCUUCACCUUAGUUAAUCUGAACAAACGAGGCCACCAGAAGGAUGAAUUUGUGCUUGCAAGUCAACGAAAAAUAGCAAAAUAUGAUGAGCCACGUGUAGUUGAGGACAUCGAACUACACCAAGAUGCUGAUGGGUUAGCAGCUGCAGAGCUACGAGGAGAGACUAAAAUAGAAGAACCUCCUAUUACUGGGCAGAAGAAGACUCGGGGGCCUACAUCAAUGUGCAGACUUAUUGCUGCUGCAAGAUGGGGAAAAAAGUCGACGAUUGAAUAUGAUGACAUAGGACGACCUGUGUACAAUGAAAAUGGGAAGGCACUAUAA